AUGCCUGCAGAGCACGAGUCACACGACAAGUCCAAGGAUGUUCCUAUGGGAGAGGAGGGAGCUCGACACGUCCUGGAGCACGACAAGGUGUCCUUCGUCUCGGAGGACCAAGAUGAGGGUGUUACGCGUAUCGAAGCAUUGUACCUUGUGUUUGGUCGAGGAUGGAGGCUCGUCCUUCUGUGGGCGAGCAUCGGUCUCAUCGCCUACGUCUACGCCUUGAGCCAGAGUACUACCUACGUCUACUUGCAAUUUGCUACGUCCGCCUUCUCUCGCCAUGCCGCUCUGGGUACGAUCGGAGUCAUCAACGGGCUCGUGGCGUCCAUCGCCCAGCCCAUCAUUGCCAAGCUGUGCGACCUCUCCAGUCGACCUGCCGCCUAUACCGCCGCGGUCCUCCUCUACGUGAUCGGGUACAUCAUCGUCGCUGCGUCACACACCGUCGGCGAGGUCGCUGGUGGCGAGGUGCUCUUCACCAUCGGUAACACUGGUCUCAGUCUGAUCAACACCAUCAUCGUCGCCGACAUGACCAACCUUCAGAACCGCGGUCUCGUCAACAGUCUUAUGGCUUCGCCGUUCAUCCUGAACGCCUUCAUCGCGGGGUACAUCACCGAGGGCAUCUCUGCAUUCUCCGAGAAUGGCUGGCGCUGGGGUUACGGGAUGUUCAUCAUCCUCGUUCCUGUCUGUAUCGCUCCCGCUCUGGUUGUGCUCUUCUGGGCAGACCGCAAAGCCCGGCGCACUGGAGCCCUCUCCCUCGCUUCCUCCUCUUAUGUCCGGCGCCAGCUCCUCAAGGGCACCGAACCCCAGCAAACCCGCCUCCAGCUCGCCAUGUACUACUUCCACCGGACAGAUGUCAUCGGUCUCAUUCUCCUCGCUGUCUCGUUCGGCCUGCUCCUUGUCCCCGCCACCAUCGCUACCACAAUGGUUGGCGGCUACAGCAACCCGUCCAUCAUCGCCAUGUAUGUCAUCGGCGCCGUCCUCUGGAUCGUCUUCAUUGGCUACGAGUGGAAGUUUGCCAAGUACCCCAUCAUGCCCAAGCGUGUUCUCAACCGGAGCUUGAUCUGCUCGUGCAUUAUUGACUUCUUCUACUUCUUGUCUUACUACGUCGCUGGGACCUACUGGCUCUCAUGGGUAUACGUCGUCAAGGACUGGUCGGACAGAGACUACACGUUCUUCUCCAAUAUCUUGACCGUCGGACUGUGCUUCUUCGGUAUCGUCGCCGGUCUCCUCCAGCGCUACACUCACCGGUACAAGUGGAUCCAGCUCGUCGGUCUUGUUCUCCGUCUCAUUGGAAACGGUCUCGUCUUCUACGCCUCCAAGAACCCCACCGAUGCCGUCCUCGUCAUGUCCCAGAUUCUCGGCUCCGCCGGCGGUGGGUUCUCCGUCAUCGGUUCCAUGCUCGCCGCGCAAGCAUCGGUCCCGCACCAGGACACUGCGCUUGCCAUCUCGCUUCUCAACCUCUGGACUCAAGCGGGCGGAGCGGUCGGUGCCGCCAUCGGCGCGUCGAUCUGGACGAACCGUCUUCCCGAGGCACUGCAGAAGCACCUGGGUAACGAUCUCAACUCAACCCAGAUUGCCGAUAUCUAUGGCAGUAUCGUCGUCGCUCGUCUUGCCGAGCCGCGAGAGAAGGUCAUUGAGGCGUACAAGGAGGCAUCGCACUACAUCUUCCUCGCCGCCUUGAUCCUCACUGCCAUCCCCGUCGUCGCUGGCUUCUUCACCUCCAACUUCUACCUUGACACCCGCCACAAUACCAUUGAAGACAAGGUCAUCGUCAUGCGCUCCGAGGAGGAGACGGACGAGGCGGUCAUUCGGGAGAAGGUGCAGGCUGUGGAGGAGGCAGCGAGGCGCGAGUUGGGGAUUGCCCCGGCACAGGCUUUGCACCAGCGCCGUUAG